AUGGAAAAGGGUGACGACUAUUUCGCGUCCGGUACCCCUUUUACCAUGGAGUAUCGUUCCGUGAUGUGCGCUGUCGGCGUGACCGUCGAUGAUGAGCGCUUCAACCCACUUCGAAGCACGGUUAUGCGUCUCGUGUUUCGGACUGAGACAGCUUAUUAUGCCGUUCUUAUGGCCAGUGCACAUUAUCUGCGCUCGGUUGAGAGUAGGUUUGAAUUGAUGGAGAUCCAAAUCCGCUCGGAGGUCCUGAGGGGCUUGCGGCGAGCCUUGAUGAAAGACAAUUUGGAUUGGGAGGAUUUCUGCGACGGCUCCUGGGUAAAGCAUCUCGCCUGUUUUCAGUUGAUCGUCAAGGAGAUGGCCUAUGGCCACAGGAAAGCUCCUCCUGUGCCACAAUUCUUCAUCAGCUACUUCUCUGCGCAUCUCGUGCUGGCUAAAUCGGUGUUCUCGAUUGACGAUGUCCUGCCUGUGGGUAAAAUACCAACCAACUCUACUAACCAUAGCUCCUUGGUCAACUCGACGAACACUGAAAAGGUAUCAUGGACCUCCACCAAGGAUCUCGCCAAGGUGAUGCCAGCCGACACACUCCAUGAGAUUGACAUGUGGAACGGCCACAGCGGCCACAUGUUACUGAUCAUUAACGAAAUCCUGAGUCUCAAGCACGAUGCCCAAGCACUCCGCCAUCAAUCCUCGGACCUGUCCACUCCCCAACUAGCAGUGCAAGAGAAACAUGCAGCGAUUGCGGAUAAGAUUACAACCUUGGAAGCAAGUCUAGCGACAACGACCCAGAUAAUCCCGGUCUCCUUAUAUAAAGACCGCACCUCUGCCGAGUCGAGACAUGGAUUUCGUUUACUGAAAAGCACAAGCGAGGCCUAUCGUCUGGCGGCCUAUCUCCUCCUAUCAGAGGCAGUUAGUCCUCGCUUCCUCGGGUAUACCCCAGCCAGCACCCAGAGCAUCGAACAGCUGAGGGAUUCAGCCCAGAGGGCACAAUACGUAGACCGCAUCUUUCAUUUAGCGAGCUACGUGGUCUCAUCGGUGGAUCAUCUCCCCAUCUCCUGGCCGCUAUGGCCCCUGUUCAUUGCCUCCUGCUGCUGUUCAAGGGACGAAGAGACUAGAACCAGAGCUCUGGAGAUAUUUGGCUCUGCCAGAGAAAAGGCCCCGUAUGAGAAUAUCCCCAGAGCUCAAACAUUAGUCGAGCUACUCUGGAAGCGCAGGGACAUGCAGACAGAGUCGGACAACAGUGUGCGCAUCGGUCGGUUCGAGUGGGAAUCAGCGAUGGAGUCUCUUGGCUGGCAGACGAGUUUCGCUUGA